GAAAGCAGCGUGAGGGUGGAACGGGAACCCAAUGAAUGCGCGGGGAGGCUGAGUGACAAUCGGCUCACCCAAUCAGAGAGCGGCAUUUGCCCCGUGCCACGCCCCCGAGCGCUUCCGUGGCAACGCCCCGCCCCUAUGCUCAUGGCAACCACCGCCCUUUCCUCGGAGCCAUUCAGCAGCGCGCAUUCCUGAGUGGCGGCAUCAGCAGCCAAUCAACAGCCGAGUCCGACCCCGCUCUGCCCGCUGACAUUGAGUGACAGGUGAAUUAUCCAAUGAGAGCGGAGCGGAGCGCACAGCCGAUCACCAAUCAGCGCGGGGAGGCGGGGCGUCAGCAGGCCGCGGCUUUGUGCAUCCCAAUGGAGUUCCCCGAGCACAGCCGGCAGCUGCUGCGGGGGCUGCGGGAGCAGCGCUCCCGGGGGAUCCUGUGCGACUGCACGGUGCUGGUGGGCACCGCGCCCUUCCCCGCGCACCGCGCCGUGCUGGCCGCCUGCAGCUCCUUCUUCCACCUGUGCUACGCCGAGCCGGGCGGCGCGGGCGGGGCUCGGGGGGCCGUGGUGGCCCUGAACAGCGACAUCGUGACCGCGCCGGCCUUCGCGCUGCUGCUGGAGUUCAUGUACGAGGGGCGGCUGGCGCUGGCGGCGCCGCUGGAGGACGUGCUGGCCGCCGCCAGUUACCUGCACAUGAACGACGUGGUCAAGCUGUGCAAGAAGAAGCUGCAGGCGCGGGGCCCGGCCGAGGCCGACAGCACCAAGCGGGAGGAGGACGCCCCCAGCCCGCCGCCGCCGCAGCCCCCGCCGCAGCCCCCGCAGCUCCCGCUGGGCGAGCCCGGGACGCCGCCGGAGCCGCCGCUGGUGGACGCGGCCGACACCACCCAGCCCGGGGUGGGGGGCGAGCGACCCCCGCCCAGCCCCAGCAGCUCCAGCGAGGCCGCGCCGGGGCCCGGAGCCGCCCCCGCUCUGUCCGCGGGCGGGGGUCCCUGGGCCGCGCCCCCCGUCCCGCUCGGGGCCAUCAAGGCCGAGGCCAUCGUCAUUUCGGACGAGGAGCCCGACGGCGCUCGCCGCCCCCCCGCGCCCCCCGCCCCUCCUCCGCCGCCGCCGCCGCCGCCCCCCCAGCCCCGAGCGGCGGGAUUUGGGGAGGGGGCGGCGCUGGGCCCGGCGCUGGGGGGGCUGCGGGAGCCGCUGUUCCUGGCGCCGCUGGAGCCCCGCGGGGGUUUCGGGCUGUUCGCCGAGGAGGCGCCGACGUGCCCGACCUGCGGCAAGACGUUCUCGUGCUCGUACACGCUGCGGCGCCACGCCACCGUGCACACCCGCGAGCGGCCCUACGAGUGCCGCCACUGCCUGCGCUCCUACACGCAGUCCGGGGACCUGUACCGGCACGUCCGCAAGGCGCACAGCCACGGCGCGCCCGCCCGCGGGCCCCGCGACCCCGCCCGCGACGGCGACAACCCGCCCUGACCGCCGCCCCCACCGGGAACGGGGAUGGACCGAGCGCAGCGGGGCGGCGGCGGCGGCGGCGGCGGGGGGUGGACGGGGCCAGCGGGACUGCGACAGCGACCCUAAUGGGGGACACCGGGACUGGGACAGCGAGACACGCUCUGAUCGGGGCCACCGGGACUGGGACACCCGCUCUGCUGACCGGGGACACCGGGACUGGGACAGCGACCCGGACCGGGGACAGCGGGAUUCAGACACCCACCCUAACUGGGGACACCGGGACUGCGACGUCCGCCCUGACCGGGGACACCGGGCCUGCGACACCUGUACUGCCCUGAGCCACCGGAUUGUGACACCUGCUGUGACCGAGAGGGCGACACCGGGCGCUGAUCGGGACCCUCGGGAGUUCCGGGACCGCGACCCCGCC